CGUCCCCAUCUCCCCUCAUUCCAGAAUCUAUUUCACCCAAUGGCGGGCUCGUCUCGUCACCGAGCAGAGCAUCCGCGCGCGAGGCGAGGCGAGCUCCCCUUCCGUUCUUCUCUCCCCAGGCCCCACCGCCGUCGAUCGACAUGGCGUCGCCGGCGCAUCCCAAGACCACGAAGAAGCACAACGCGCGACUCAACAACCCCUUCCCGCGCGCCGUCCCGGCCGCCGCCUUCCGCCAGUACGGCGACGCCGCGCCGCCGCUCUCCUUCGCCCCGUCCUCCGCCAAGCUCGCCCAGGCCCACGAUCACCCCGUCGGGUCCCGGUUCCGCCUCCGCUGGGACCCCUCGCACGGCGGGGCGGUGUCGCUGGCAGGCAUCCAUGUCUCCUCGUCCGUGAUGUGGGAGACCAUCCCUGGCGUCGCGUUCGUCUCCGCGGCCUCCGCCGUCACCGAGGCCGACGAGUGCCGCGGAUCCUUCGCGCUCCGCGACGGGCGCGCCCGCCUCGUCCCGGACCGCCAGACCGUCGACAGGAUCAGGGCCUUGUACCGCUGCGACGCCGACCUCCUGCGCGCCGCCGCGUUCCAGGCGUCCGAAGAGACGCGGUUCCCGGUGCUCCUGAUCACCGGGGUCGUGUCCGCGAGGAAGGCGGGCCCCGCGUCGUCGUGCUGCUGCGGCCUGCGCGCCAGGAUUCGCGCGGGGCAGCCGAUCUUCUCGGCGCGGUAUUGGUUCCUCCUAGAGGAGAAGAACAACACGCAGGUGGCGUUCGGCGUCAAGAUCGCCGACUACCAAUGGAGCUGCGGUCACGCGGCGGAUCCUUCGAGUCCACCGCCGGCGGGCGGGUCGACUGCAAGGCCCCAACGGACCAGCCUGCGCCUCCGCCUGCACCUGGCGGGGCGCGUCCAGAGGAACAGCGGCAGGAAGAAGAAGCUCUCCUCCGGGUUCCCGGUCCGGGAGGAGGAGCUCUCGGCACUCCUGCCGCGGCUGAAGAAAGAGGAUGAAGAGGAGGCGCGGGCGCCGGAGGAGUUCAACCGGGUGUUCCUGACGUACGCGAGCGAGCGCGACGAGAGGUUCUACGGUUUCGGCGAGCAGUUCAGCCGCAUGGAGUUCAAGGGGAAGAGGGUGCCCGUCCUUGUGCAGGAGCAGGGGAUCGGGAGGGGAGACCAGCCCAUCACUUUUGCUGCCAAUCUCCUCAGCUACAGGUCGGGAGGAAACUGGAGCACCACGUAUGCUCCAUCUCCCUUCUACAUGACCUCCAAGAUGAGGUCCUUGUACCUGGAGGGAUAUGAUUACUCCAUAUUUGACCUCACGAAACCUGAUAGAGUGCAGAUUCAGGUUUACGGGAAUUCGGUUCGGGGACGAAUACUGCAGGGCCACUCGCCGACCGAGCUGAUCACGAGCUACACGGGAUCGACCGGACGGCCGCCCGUUCUUCCCCGAUGGAUCACCUCCGGCGCGGUGGUUGGCAUGCAGGGCGGCACGGACGCCGUCCGCCGCGUGUGGAGCCAGCUGCGAGACCACGACGUCCCGGUCUCCGCGUUCUGGCUGCAGGAUUGGGUUGGGCAGAGGAAGACGGCGAUCGGGUCGCAGCUCUGGUGGAACUGGGAGGUCGACGACGAUCACUACGCCGGCUGGAACGAUCUCGUGCGCGAUCUCCGGCGCGGCGGCGUGAGGACGAUGACCUACUGCAACCCCUGCCUCGUCCCGAUGGGUGGGAAGGCGAACGCAAGGAGGCACCUGUUCGAGGAGGCCAAGGAGCUGGGGAUCCUGGUGCGGGACGAGUCCGGCGGGCCGUACAUGAUGCCCAACACGGCGUUCGACGUGGCCAUGCUGGACUUCACGAACCCGUCGGCGUGCGCCUGGUUCAAGGGCAUCCUCCGCGGCAUGGCGGAAAGCGGCGUGAGCGGCUGGAUGGCCGACUUCGGCGAGGGCCUGCCUCUGGACGCGCGGCUCCACUCCGGGGAGGACCCCGUCGCCGCCCACAACCGGUACCCGGAGCUCUGGGCCCGCGUCAACCGCGAAUUCGCCGACGAGUGGAAGAAGAAUUCAUCCGGCGAUCAUGGCACGGCGUCGGAGGAGGAAGAAGAAGAAGAAGAAGGGCUGGUGUUCUUCGUGCGGGCGGGGUUCAGGGAGAGCUCGCGGUGGGCGAUGCUGUUCUGGGAAGGGGACCAGAUGGUGAGCUGGCAGGCCAACGACGGCAUCAAGAGCAGCGUCGUGGGCCUGCUCAGCGGCGGCCUCUCGGGGAUCCCGCUCAACCACAGCGACGCCGGGGGCUACUGCACCGUCGACCUGCCCCCUUUCCUGCGCUACCGCCGGGGCGAGGAGCUCCUGAUGCGGUGGAUGGAGCUCAACGCCUUCACCGUCGUCUUCCGCACGCACGAAGGGAACAGGCCGGGCUCCAAUGCCCAGUUCUACUCCAACGCCCGCACCCUGGCGCACUUCGCGCGCUGCGCCAAGGUCUACAAGGCCUGGGAGUUCUACCGGGCCCGGCUCGUGAAGGAGGCGGCGGAGACGGGGCUCCCCGUGGCGCGGCACAUGUUCCUUUACUAUCCCGAGGACCGCCGCGUGCAGGGGAUGACGUGCCAGCAGUUCCUCGUGGGGACGGAGUUGCUGGUGGUGCCCGUGCUGGACAAGGGCAGGAGGACGGUGGCAGCGUACUUCCCGGCGUCGGACGGGGCGUCGUGGAGGCACGUGUGGACCGGCCAAGAGUUUGGUAACAACGGACAUGGUGGUGUUGGGGCGGUGCACGGGUUCGAGGCCGAGGUCGGGGCCGAAGUGGGUUACCCGGCCGUGUUUGUCAGGGUCGGGUCGCCCGUUGGGGAAAGGUUUGUAAGCAAUUUGAGAGAUCUCAAGGUAGUUUAACCGCGGAGUGUAAAGUGAAAACAUCGAAUUUGAGCCCUGUCUUUGGCCGCCUCGAUUGAUUACACAAUACCCUCCUUCUCCACC